AACAUAUUUCGGCACGCCCACUCGUGGCUGCUGCUGCAUGUUUAUUUUGCAGACUGCGCUUGUUUCACUGCCACAAAGGAGCUACACGGGCGGAGCCUCAAGCUAAUAAACGCGACUCCGCCCACACAAGUCAACCUCGCAACCAUAUCUAACGCACCUGUAUUACCGUAGUUUGGCACGAGCAUUUUACGCACGGUGCUAAAACCAAAUCCGGGCUCGCGCACGAAAUCCAUUUACACUCCGGUAGUAGAGAGGGCCCUGAUCGAGUCGCUUUGCUCCGUCAAUCAAACAAUCCUCCCGUUUAAAGGCCCCGGACAAACGUUAACACCGCGCAGAGCAGCAGCAGAGCCUCGGUGAAGCACAGUGACAGAGCCGGAUAGGUUUGGAGAGGAAGAAUGGCGGAUUCAGGCAGCACCGCAGCGGCCCCAGCGGCCGCAGGCUCCAACAGCGCUGCCGGGGCGGCUGGCUCGGUGGCGCAGGACGGAGCAGCGGCUCCUGUUGUGGGAAUCAAGGCCCCGUCCGAGUCCGUGAAGGGCCAGCUAUUCGAUGUGGGCCCCCGCUACACGAACCUGUCUUACAUCGGGGAGGGGGCUUACGGGAUGGUCUGCUCUGCUAUGGACAGCGUGACAAGCUCGCGCGUAGCCAUCAAGAAGAUCAGCCCGUUUGAGCACCAGACGUACUGCCAGCGUACACUGAGGGAAAUCAAGAUCCUGCUGCGUUUCCACCAUGAGAAUAUCAUCGGCAUCAACGACAUUCUCAGGGCACGGGUACUCGACAACAUGAGGGAUGUCUACAUCGUUCAGACUCUGAUGGAGACGGACCUGUACAAGCUGCUGAAGACUCAGAGGCUGAGCAACGACCACGUCUGCUAUUUCCUCUACCAGAUCCUGCGAGGCCUCAAGUACAUCCACUCUGCCAACGUGCUGCACCGUGACCUCAAGCCCUCCAACCUGCUCAUCAACACCACCUGCGACCUCAAGAUCUGUGACUUUGGCCUGGCGAGGAUAGCCGACCCGGAGCACGACCACACAGGUUUCCUGACCGAGUACGUGGCCACGCGUUGGUACAGGGCUCCAGAAAUCAUGCUCAACUCAAAGGGCUACUCCAAGUCCAUUGACAUCUGGUCAGUGGGCUGCAUCCUGGCUGAGAUGUUGUCCAACAGGCCCAUCUUCCCCGGGAAACACUACCUGGACCAGCUCAACCAUAUACUGGGCGUCCUUGGAUCCCCCACUCAAGAUGAUCUGAACUGCAUCAUCAACAUGAAGGCCAGGAACUACCUGCAGUCCCUGCCUCCAAAACCCAGAAUCCCCUGGGAGACUCUCUACAAGGCCGACUCCAAAGCUCUGGACCUGCUGGGCCGCAUGCUGACCUUUAACCCCGUGAAGCGCAUCAGCGUGGAGGAGGCUCUGGCUCAUCCCUACUUGGAGCAGUACUACGACCCCACAGAUGAGCCGGUGGCGGAGGAGCCCUUCACCUUCUCCAUGGAGCUGGAUGAUCUGCCCAAGGAGAAGCUGAAGGAACUGAUCUACGAGGAAACCGCUCAAUUCCAGGCAACCUACCAGGGAACAUGAGACACAUGGCCCUAAAGAGUGACAAAGCCACGCAGAGGCUUGGAACAAGAAGACUCCAAACGACAUGCUAAAACAAAAAGAAAAAAUGCAUCUUCAAGAAACCAACAAAAAAAAAGAGAAAACGAGAAAUGAACAUUUUAACUGCUUAUCUUUCCAUUUCUACUGCAAGAGAGCUAAGUUUAACUUUUGAUUUCUGUGGUUGGGGGUGGUAGGGUCUGUGUACUCAUACUGUUUCAGUUUUGUCCAUGUUGGACUCUUCCUCCUCUCACCUCACAUUUAUUUUCCCGUUGGACGUAUUUUAAUAUGGCAACACAACCCCAAACGUCCCUCCUCAUCCCCUCCCAUCAUCAGUAACCCCCCCACCCCCCCCUCUCUCUUGCUCCCUGAUGCUGAUCUGUCGCUCCCCCUCAUAUAAACUACUGUAUUAACCGACUCCAUAACUCUCUUGUCUUGCUCCAUGUAAAUUACAAGCUGGAAAAAAUCGAGGGCUAAAGGAACGGGGAUGCUAAUCGGGUGUUUGUGUAUAUAUACAAAAAUAUAAAAAGCUUAUUUUCUUUUCUUUUUUUAAGUGUGCUUGUGGCAGAUUUUGUGUGUACAUCGUUGUUUUUGAGUGUUUUCGGAUCAGUCGUAUCUGUAUGUUUUGGGGUUUAUAUUUGCAAGUCUUCUUUUUUUCAACACUUGAUUUUUGAGACAAACAUUCAAUGUUAUUUCUGGCAUGUUGGCAGGUUUAUAUAGAUUUAUUUGUCGUCGCUUUUCUUUUCUUUUCUUAAAAAAACAACAACUGUAUGAUGUUCAUAUGAAUGCAUGCAUUCCUUAAAUUAACCAAAGUGGCAGAGAUAUGCAGGAAACUUGGCCGAGGAGCAACUAAGGGUUGCCUAUCGUAGUUUUGAAUAAACACAUUUUCUGAUAUAUUACUCAACUCUCCCUUCAGAUGGUUCUAUUCAGGAGACGCCACAUGAUUGGAAUACAUAGAAAUCAAACAGUAUAAAAUAUAAUCGCUUAUUCAUUCAGAUAACAGUAGUACCUAUGCCCCAUUUUCCAGAAAGUCAUGGUACUCUUACCAAAAACUUUUGUUCCCCUAAUGAUCAUGAACUACCUGACUUAAGUGACUGUAAGUUUUAUAGUGGAAGACGUUCCUUCCAAAAUGGCAGAAAUACUACCAGAACACUGAUGUCAGACACUGUUAUAGUACAUUUUCCCUUCAUCAAAUACAAUAACCAUCAAAUAUCUGAUCAGUAUUACAUAUUGCAUUUCAUUUUAGUUUAGAGUGGUUAACUACUUAUUAUAACAUCAGUGAAGCCGUUCUGAUCUCCUGUACAGUAUUCUGGAAAAUGGGGCCUGGUUGACAGACAUCAGCCUUUCCAUCCCACUGUGCUGUAUGGAGUCCAUCCCGUCACAGUCUAACUGACAGCGAAGGCCCGAGUAUAAACAAAUCCAUGUAAACGGUCGAGAGAAGUGCGCUUUCCAACGAGCAUUUUCAGAUUAUGGCUCAUUGAUUGUGAGUUGAUCAGUGAGUUGAAUGUAAAUGGCCUGUGUUUCUGGAGUCUGUCGCUGCAGUUAGUGCUCAUCGGAUGAGAACUUUUACAAGAACGAGACUCCUAAAAAAAAAAAAAAAAAACAAAAAAAAAACUACAUGUUGACAAAUGCCGCGUUGAAGCCAUUAAGGAUGUAUGGUAAAGAUUCCCACGGUUCCAAUACGACCUGACAUCACUAACAACAAUCAAACCCAGGAUUGUCAGAGCGUCUACAGCCGUCAUCCCUUCGUGGUUGUACGGUAUAAAAAACCCUCUCUGCCCAUUUUGUUUUACGCUCGCUCCCCUUUUCGCUUGCGUGUGUGUGUGUGUGUGUUUUCCUGCUUCCUGUUCUUCUUCAAUGUGGGUGAUUUUUAACGCUGCGUCGUUUCUCAGAUGGCUUCUUUGCUUGUGUAUUCUGUCUGUGGUUAUGGUUCCUGUCAGCGGCUGCUCCCUCCUCUCUUUGUUCUGGAUGUGACUGUACUUAAUGGCUGCUUGGUGAAGCCAUCACCAGCUCGGUCUGCACUAAUUUUCUGCCUGUUGCACUGGGACCAGUAGAGAAGCCCCCCCCCCUUCCUUUCCUCCCC